GCGUGAAAGCGGGCGCGCGCCGCGACGGCGGCGGCGAGGAAGGCGGCGACGGCGGCGGUCCAGGGGGCGGUGGCCACGAGGCGGGGUCGCUGCUGGCGGAAGAGACGUGUGUGGCGGCGUCUAGGUCGCUGAGGAACAUCGUCGGGGUCAGUGACUAUCAUCUGUUCCACACGAUGAGUAACAGCCACCCUCUUCGCCCCUUUACUGCAGUGGGGGAAAUCGAUCAUGUGCACAUUUUGUCUGAGCAUAUUGGUGCCUUGUUGAUUGGUGAAGAAUAUGGUGAUGUCACGUUUGUCGUGGAAAAGAAGCGCUUUCCCGCCCACAGGGUAAUUUUAGCAGCGAGGUGCCAAUAUUUUCGAGCAUUACUGUAUGGUGGGAUGCGAGAGUCGCAGCCUGAAGCAGAGAUCCCUCUGCAGGACACCACGGCUGAGGCCUUCACGAUGCUCCUCAGAUACAUCUACACGGGGCGGGCGACCCUGACCGACGAGAAGGAGGAGGUGCUGCUGGACUUUCUGAGCCUGGCUCAUAAAUACGGGUUUCCAGAGCUAGAGGAUUCUACGUCCGAGUAUCUCUGCACCAUACUCAACAUUCAGAACGUCUGUAUGACUUUUGACGUGGCCAGCCUCUACUCGCUCCCCAAGUUAACAUGUAUGUGCUGCAUGUUCAUGGACAGAAAUGCUCAGGAGGUGCUGGCCAGCGACGGCUUCCUCUCUCUGUCCAAGACAGCACUUCUGAACAUCGUUCUAAGAGAUUCGUUUGCUGCUCCUGAGAAAGAUAUUUUCUUAGCCUUGUUAAACUGGUGUAAGCACAAUGCAAAAGAGAACCACGCUGAAAUCAUGCAAGCUGUGCGUUUACCUCUAAUGAGCCUCACCGAGCUUCUGAAUGUUGUGAGGCCAUCAGGACUCUUGUCUCCGGAUGCUAUUCUAGAUGCCAUCAAAGUGCGGUCGGAGAGCCGGGAUAUGGACCUCAACUACAGAGGCAUGCUCAUACCCGAAGAAAACAUUGCAACUAUGAAGUAUGGGGCCCAGGUUGUGAAAGGAGAACUGAAGUCGGCCUUGCUGGAUGGUGACACUCAAAACUAUGACUUGGAUCAUGGUUUUUCCCGGCACCCCAUCGACGAUGACUGCCGCUCUGGCAUUGAGAUCAAGCUCGGCCAGCCAUCCAUUAUAAACCACAUACGUCUACUCCUGUGGGACCGUGACAGCCGGUCUUACUCCUACUUUAUCGAAGUGUCCAUGGAUGAACUUGAUUGGAUCCGAGUGAUAGAUCACUCACAUUACCUGUGUCGGUCUUGGCAAAAGUUGUAUUUCCCAGCUCGUGUCUGCAGGUACAUUCGAAUAGUUGGGACUCACAACACAGUGAACAAGAUUUUCCACAUUGUGGCUUUUGAAUGCAUGUUUACAAACAAAGCCUUCACUCUGGAGAAGGGCCUGAUAGCUCCCAUGGAGAAUGUGGCAACAAUCGCUGACUGUGCCAGUGUGAUUGAAGGCGUCAGUCGGAGCCGGAAUGCCUUGCUGAAUGGGGACACUAAGAAUUAUGACUGGGACUCGGGCUACACGUGCCACCAGCUGGGAAGUGGCGCCAUUGUGGUUCAGCUGGCACAGCCAUACAUGAUUGGCUCAAUACGGUUAUUACUCUGGGACUGCGAUGACCGAAGCUACAGCUACUAUGUUGAAGUUUCCACCAAUCAGCAGCAGUGGACCAUGGUGGCUGACAGAACGAAGGUGUCGUGCAAGUCCUGGCAAUCAGUCACUUUUGAAAGACAGCCUGCGUCCUUCAUCCGAAUCGUCGGAACGCACAACACCGCGAACGAGGUGUUCCACUGUGUCCACUUCGAGUGUCCGGAGCAGCAGAGCACCCAGAAGGAAGACAGCAGUGAGGAGCCAGGGACAGGGGACCUCAGCACCCCAAGUCAGCAGCUGGACCCUCAUGCACCGAGGGCACCCAGCGCCAGCUCACUACCGCCGAGUCCGGGCCCCAACUCACGCUCACCCAACCAACAGAAUCAAUAAAGCAGGCAGAGGACAUAGUGUGACUCGGUGGGCCGGGACGGAGCAGCGCGUCCUCCCCCGUCCCUGGGAGGAACAGACCUGGCUGCAGAACCCACCCCAACCAGGUUUUUUCCCUCUGGGGACAGAGGGUGCCUGUGUUCUCCCUGCUCCUCAGGCGGUCUCCGGGGGAGGAGGUGGUCUUGAUCCUUCAAUCCCUACCUCUAAGCUCACCCAGGUACCAGCCCGGACAGAAAACAGGCCCAAGCUGGAAGGAAUUUCAAAAAAAAAAAGAAGGUACCCCAGGCCUUGACAAAACCAGAGAAGAGCCCAGCCCCGGAGUGUCCCCUCUGUGGCUCACUACUUGACGGUUCUGGUCCUGCAGUUUUUCUCCACCAGCUAAGUCAGUGUUGAAGCUAAGUCUGGCCCUCUACAAAGGUCUUCCUCAGCCUCCGAUGCUUGCCGUGGGCAGAGCAAAAGUUUGUCCCUCCUAAAAGAGGCCACACGUAGCCCAUCACAGCACCUAGCCUGCCAAGGGAAAUCCUUGAUGCUCAGCCAGACGCACAAUGUACUGCUCAAUCUGUGGACACUGGAGUUCAUGACUGAUGAGGCUGCCGCUGUUAACCUGUCCUGGUGUUUACCUGGGCAGGCACACAAGCAGCUGCUGGAGAACCACCUAGAAGCCAUGUCAACAGAUAACUGGCUGACCCUGCUGGUUCAGCUGCCCUCGGACAUGUUCAGCCAACAGAUGGUGUGUCGGGGGCACAGGCCUGGGCCUAACAGCGAGUCUCCCGGCAACAUCGCCUGGGAUAGCAAAGAGCAGGUCUCGGGCACUUCCGGUUUUGACCUCUGCAGCUCCACUCGUCCUUCUGUCACUCCUGCGGUUUCCAUGAACAGCUCCUGCCUCUGUACCUCUAUGCGUCAUCCCAAGGCCCCAUGCGGCCACCUUAACAUGUCCUGUUAGCAUGCUCCGAGGAGGACAGGUCUUGGGGUCUGGUCCAACAGGAGAGGCCUCAGCUGCAGGGGAGGCCAUCGAAUGUGAAUUCAGGCCUAGGGUGGCCGAGCUGGUCCCCAGGCAGACUAGUCUAAGCUCUGGCUUCACUUUGCUGUGUGGUGUGGCUGCCUUUGGUAAGGAGGCUCCUGGGUGAUGGCAGGGUGUAGCCACCAUGUGGGGGUGACUGCCUUUAGCAGCAUCCAGCCAGAGUUGCCAGUUUCUCUGGCAAGCAAAACUCCCCGCUCCAGGAACCCCAGUCGCGUGGAGGAUGGAGUUUGUCACUUUUGGAAGAUAAGUGGGAAAGCUUGUUAAUUUUGUUCAUUUGCUUAAGGUAGAUCCUCCUGUAGCCCAGGUUAGCCACACUCAUGGCAGUCCUUCUCUGUCAGCACCCCGAGUUCUGAGCUUCUAGGUGUGAGAUAGCUGCCACAAACAAGUUUGUAAAGACAGAAGACAGACACAGGCCUAGGCCUGCAGCCUAGCAGCUUCCCGGGAGCUUCCCGGGGCAGCCAGCAAGGAGCCUCCGGUGUCCUCCCCAGACGUCACCACACACACCUGUCAUGCUGUCAUCUCCCAUCUGGCUAGCCCAGACUGCCAUCCGAGACCCACGCCUCGUGGCUUUCUUUCUCUCUCAGACCCCCACUGUGCAAGCCCCAGUGAUUGUGCAUCAGGUGAUAGACCACAGAGGCUGCUUACCUACCGUGUCUGCGCUGCCACGGUGCCCUCAGAUACGCAGGAGGGGAGAGGGGACAUCAAAGUCACCGGUGCCAGUGCGGGGCUCAGAGAACCAUGGCAAGCCCCGGGUCACCUGAGCUGAUUCCCAGGCUGCCCUUGGGUCAGGAUGCAGGAGGACGCUUACCUCCCACUAGACACAGGAGUGCACUGCCCUGGGCUGACGGUCAUGUGAUGUGCCUGGAGGCCACAGCCAAAGGUGUCAUAGCCACACCCUAGGUAAGCUCCAUGUUUCCAGGGGACAGAGAGCCUGGCUUGUCCCCUGCAGGACUAACCCCUGAGCCAGCAGACUGGAAAUGACAGAGUGCUGAGCUGCAGAAGUGUAGCAAGUCACGCUGGUUGGAACCGGGGGUCCCCUGCACCAAGUAGCCCCGGCACUGUCCAAGGUGAUGCUGGCUCUGAGGACCUUUGGGGGCCAGGAAGGGCCACAGUCAAGCUCUGGGGGACUGAAGCAGUGUGAACUGGUGCUCCCCAGCCCUGCCGUUGCCCCUAAGGGCAAACAGUGUGACUGUAACCCUCGUGGGCUCUGCUUCCAGGGUGUGGCUCCCGCCCAUGCCUUGUGCCAGCUGUGGAUUGGCACCCGAUUCCAGGGGCAGAGCCUCCUGCCCUGAUCAUGUUCUGUAGGACGGCAGACGCCAUCCCUGGGGCUUUGAGAAGUGUUUAGUCACACCAACAGGGACGCCGGGGACCAUGUGGGUGCUAGGCAGGGAGGUUUGGGCUGUGGGUGGGCUUUAGGGAAAAUGCUCUCUCCAAAGCAGCUUUAAGCAGCUACAGAGGUGGUCUUGUGCUAAGGCUCGGCCUUUCCUAAACCCUCCGCCCGACUUCUGAUCUUAGUGGGGCUGCAGCCCAUGGCAGGUGCGGGUCCUUCUCAACGGUUCUACAAGCUGUCACUUUUCCUGGCCUAUUAAAUGAAGUGUUGAUUCCUGACAAA